AUGGUUUAUGAUAACGUUGAGGUUGACUUGUUAAAGGAUCCUCGUUUCGUAAGCACUCUGGUGGGUUUGGGGUUCGCCUUCGUGUCUGACGUUACUUACCUAGCAAUGGAACCAAUGUUACUAUUUUCAUAUGGAUAUUCUAAGCUGGAAGUGGCGACUUGUGUGAUGGCUGGAGCGAUAGCUGAUUUGGUCGCGAGAUUUGCCUUAGCUAUCCUUACGUACUUCUUCACUGUGGACAGCAGAAUGUUAUUCUUCGUUGGUACUUUUAUCACCAUGAUCUUGCGUGUUGCUUUAAUAGUGUCCAACAACUUGACGUACGUGUAUGUAAUAACGAUAAUAUCUGGCGUGGUGAGGUGCAGUGUCCAGGUUCUGUUUCCAUUGGUGCUGGUGACUGCGGCUCCGGACCGCUUCCCGGCAGCACUUGCUCUCCACAUAUUGUUCUCUGGCAUCCUCAUGUUGAUUGCAGACCCGAUGAUAGAAUAG